AUGGAAAUCCGUUCAGAUCUGUUUAAAGUACCAUGUUACGCACGAUCUCAUCAAGGAGUCUGCAUCGAACCAUUCGAUUGUUCUUCAGCCAUAAUUUCAAAGUCAUCUAAUGCGUUGUUUCCUGAGAGUAUCAUCGAACCACCAUUCUGCGGUUUAAAUAUCGUCCAACGUCUUCAUCAUAAAGUUGAUCUUUACCAAACACCUUCGACAAACGAGACGAAUCGAGUACUUGAGCAAUUGACUAAGAUUAUAAAACAACAUGUGCCUAAUUUUUCUUUCAAUGAAAACUUCGGUCAUGAUUUAGAAGAAUACUCUACUUUAGAUGAUCAACAAGGAGAUGCAUCUUUUCUACAAAAUCCUUCCCAUUUACGAAAAGCUAUGGGAAGAAAAAGAUCCAAAAAUUCAACCUAUUCCUUAGAAUUAUCUUCUGCACGAAGUUUACGAUCAAACAAAGGCGUGAAACAAUCUUUAUCAAGACUAAACAGCGAAAGCAGUGAAGAUCAAUCGUCAUGGAGUCUUUCGAUGUCACAUUUAGAUAAACAUCAUCUUGACAAUGACCAACUUAUCAGUGCUACCGAUUUGAAAAGAAAUCCUAGUCGAGAUUCAAGUAAUGACAAGAUAAACAAGCUGACCGAGAGAUUGUCUACCGUACACCAUAAUUCUCCAAAUACUUCAGAAUUAGAUUCGAUCAAAGAAACAUUUCAAACCCAGCAUCCACGAAGUGUUGCCGAACUUGUCGAAAUCGACGUUUGUUCAAUAAUACUAGGAAAUAAUUAA